AUGUCCUUGUCGAGCAAGCGCGAAGUGCGCGAGCACGUGAAGCUGGUGCUGCAGUCAUAUGAGGAAAACAGCCACAUCGAUGUGGAGGACAUGAAGGCGCUGACGCGGGAGGCGUCGGACGCUGUUGUCGCCCUCCCAGCUACAGCGGCCACCGUCGCAACGGCUGCCUUGACGGCCCUGCAAAGCCUGUUGAGCAGUCGUGCGGACGUAAAGCCCGAGGUGCGGGAGGCCGUCGCGCGUGCCCUGGAGGCUAACAGUGUGACCGCUGCGCAGGCGAAUGGUAGCGCCGCCUCGUCUCACGAAAGCGCCACGGCUACGCAGGAGAUGGCCAGCGGCAGCGGCACGAGCUCCACUGCCGCUAAUGCAACGACACUCAGCUUUAGCGCCUUCAAGGCUCGUAUGGCAAAGAAGAGGGAUGAGCUGAAGGCAGAGCGCGACACGGUCGCCGAGGUGACCUCGACGGCCACCACCCAUGUCGAGUCCACCACCGCCGCGCCACCUGCCGACUCGUCGCCGAAAGUCAAGAAGGAGGAGGCGCACAACACCACUGUUGGCACCGACCCGACAGAGUCUCGCAAUCUCUCCAACCAGCCCAGCGCGGCUCCCACGCCGUCCCUGCGACCCUCCACGGCGCCCGCCCCAUCCUCCAUACCAGAUUUGGCCGAAGAGGCGGCUCUUUCUCGUGAGCGCGAUGAUGUUGCGAGCGAGCAGCCACCGGCGAAGGUGGAAAAGAAGGAGACCUUCCUGAUCUCAGCGCUCCCGGACCCGGACGAGGAGGUCGACCUAUAUGCCGAUCUCACACCCUUGUCACGGGGCCGUGGCCGUGGUCGGGGUCGGGGUCGGGGACGAGGCCGUGGACGGGGAGGUCCACCGUAUUUCUACCCCCCACACAACCCCUACAAUUCAUUGAAUCCGCACCACCAUCACGGAGCGCCACCCCCAUCGCAUCAGUGCGGAGGGGCGCCGCCACCGUCACACUAUCACUAUAGUGCACCGCCCCCACCACAGCCUCACCACUACAGCACCCCCCCACCGCACGCGUACCGCGGCGGUUACGGGCCCAACACGUCUUACCAACGUCCGUAUUAA